AUGUUAGCUUUUAACAAUACCAAUCAUCAUCCUACCAUGUUCCUACUGCUUGGGAUUCCAGGGCUGGAGGCUGUCCACAUCUGGAUCUCCAUCCCUUUCUGCCUGGUCUACCUGCUGGCACUGAUGGGAAAUGCUGCCCUUUUAUUAAUUGUCAAGUCAGACCCCAAGCUGCACGAACCUAUGUACCUCUUUCUAUGCAUGCUGUCUGUGGCUGAUUUGAUGCUCAUUUCUUCUACACUUCCCAAGAUACUCAGCCUCUUUUGGUUCAAUGACAGAGAGAUCUAUUUUGAAGCCUGCCUCACUCAAAUGUACUUUAUCCAUUCUCUGUCUACCAUAGAAUCUGGAUUUAUCUUGGCCAUGGCUUUUGAUCGCUAUGUGGCCAUUUGCCACCCACUGAGACAUUCUACCAUUCUGACACCUGCAGUCAUUGUAGGCUUGGGUUUGGCCAUUGUCCUUAGAGGAGCUGUACUCCUCAGUCCAUACCCCUUUCUUCUGAGGUGGCUCUCCUACUGCAAAACUAACGUCAUUUCCCAUACUUACUGUGAAUUUAUGGCCCUGAUAAAGCUGGUUUGUGAUAAAACUGACGUUCGCCGAGGCUACAGCCUAAUUGUGGCCUUCCUAACAGGGGGGCUAGACUUCAUCUUGAUCAUUUGUUCCUACGUCCUUAUUCUUCUCACUGUCUUCCAUCUCCCAUCCAAGGCAGCCCGCCUCAAGACCUUAAGCACCUGUGUCUCCCAUAUAUGGGUCAUUUUGGUGUUUUACACACCAGCGUUUUUCUCCUUUCUCACCCACAGGUUUGGCCAUCACAUUGCUCCACAUAUCCACAUUUUCAUAGCUAGUAUAUAUCUCCUUAUUCCACCCAUGAUGAACCCCAUUGUUUAUGGCAUUAAAACCAAGAGGAUCAGGGAGGGAUUCUUUAAAAUCUUAACAAUUAAAACUGUUUGACUUUGCAAGGAUUUGUGAUUCCCAAGGUCAUCAACAAAGAGAAUGAAAAAAAAAAUAAAAUGAAAUAGACUUAUCUUAGAGUGGAAUAAUUUUCAUUAAAGUUGAGAUUUACAUUAGGCUAGGAAAACAUUUUAAACAUGAUAAUUCCAGUGAGCAAUAGAAUGCGUAGAAGAAAUAUUGCAAGGAUAAGAAAUAUUUGGAGAACACUUUUGUUAUUAUGAUUUUUCUGUCUAAACCUCGUAUUUAGUAUAGAUUUCAGGAUUUAUUAAAUCAUAACUAAAUUUAUAUUGCAAGGAUAUUUAGAGCUAGCCUUUAUUGAUUAUACAGACUAUGAUCCCUAAAUUCAUUAGCUUUAGAAUGGGAGUAAUAAUUCACAUAUGUUUUCUUCACCAAAGACUCACGCUUCAGGUGUGCUAUAUUGUUCUCAAAUUGAUAGCAGUUAAUAAAAAUAUUAAAUUAGAGAAAAUCCUUGUAUCCUGAUAUAUUGGGGAGUUAAAAUGUAAUUUUGCAUUUCCUCAAAGUAAAAUAAUAUACACACAGAGUGAACUAAUUUACAAUUAUUGGAACAAAUUUAAAAUUAAAAUUAGAUUCUCUCCUUCUCCACCACCUGCUACUCUUGUUUUCACAGCUGCAGUAGUUUUCAGGUGACAAUGCACUGAUGAAAGAGGAAUAGGAUCAGGACAAGUGAAAAUGCCCAAAAGCUCAGUCUUCUUACUGAAAUUGAAUAUUUUUUCUAGGAUUAAAAACUCCUCAAAUUUUUCCAGAACAAUUUCCCAGAAUUUUGAAAAAGUUAGUU